AGUCGAGGCGAACAUUCGAUCCUUCAGUCGAGGCUUGAAAUUCGAAAUAUUUUUUAACCUAAAGGAGUCUCGAUUUCACGUUUUGGCCGAGAAACUAACGAUCGCGGCAUAUUUAAAUGCUAGAUUGUGUGUCGGCGAGAAGAUAUGAUUUCGGGCGAAUACACAAAGGAACAAACGAAUUCAGCCAUUUUGGAGCCGACUCAUCCAACUAUAAAUUUAGAAGAGAAAAGCGUUGUUUUAGCAGAAGCGAGCAUCGGAGCGAAAGCUUCGAGUCAACUGCAGACGGAUAGCAAUGUUUUGGAAGAAACCGGAAUAGUUAGACAAUCGAAUAUUGCGACUAUUCAAGCCGAACAAAGCACCAAUACUGUACAAACGGGAGUACAGAAUACCGCUAUUGAUUCAGCUCUAGAUAGAAAAAUCUAUGAAAUUCCUGUGACUGCAAGCUCAAAUACUAUAUUGUCUUUGAGGCAGGGCGAUGCAUUGAAUCCAAAUGAUGAACCCAUUGUUUCCACUAUGACAGAAAACACGGAUUUCGGAACGACAUCCGAGAAUAACUUAUUGGACGGGUUUAUUAGCUCAAAUGAGAAGGAUGAGCUUAAUACAGCAGGAAGUAUGGAAAACAUCGUAUUGGGUAGAGAGAGACAAGAGGAUAAUGGUUCUGUCUUAAAUGAUAGCACUCAAAUGGAUGACCCUACUGGGACAACCGCAUCAGAUGAUUUAUGUGACCAAGAGUUGGGAGACCUUCCUCCAUGGGCUGCUCGGCUGAAAGGAUGUGAAAGAAUCGGUGAUAGCUAUAGAGGAUAUGUGCAUAAUGAGGUGGAGCUGGAUGAACUGUUGAGCAUGCACAAGGAGCAUACACACAGUUCUUGGGGGACCAGACAGUCACCAUCAUCACAAAAGCCAUCGGUUCGCUUCAUGUGGAAGAGCCAGUAUGUUCCAUACGAUGGUAUUCCCUUCCUCAAUAGUGGUCGUCGUGCGACAGUGAUGGAAUGCCAGUACGGUCCUCGGAGGAAAGGCAACAAGGUUAAGGUCGAGUAUAAUGAAGACGGUCAAGCUGUGAAGCCAGCUCACCGUCCGACGUGUCCGGCGCGGAUCUACAUCAAGCGGGUUCGAAAGUUUCCUGAAUUCAAGGUCGAUAAAAGCUACGAGGGCACGCCCGGCCUGAGAUUGGCACAAGAACGGGCGCUGACAGCGUUGAGGGUCGCUUGUCCCGAGAGCCAGGGAGAAGAACGAUUUUACGUGCAGUUCCCCCUCGAGUUGGCCCACGAAUAUCACAACGAGGAAGACGAAAUUUUCCCGCACCAGUCCCUUUCCCUCCUUCCCACGCAAGCCAACAUCGGGUCGUCCCGGCUCGACUCCCGAGUCGUGGAAAAGAUCAACGAACUUGUCGCGCGAGGGGUGACCGAUAUUUACCAAGUCAAACACGGCGUGAUAAAUUUCGUGGAAAAGGAUUUGUUUCUUUGUGGUGAUGAGCGUAUGCCAGCCCGCCAGAACAAGCUGUUCUUUCCAACGAUAACAGACUUACAAAAUCACAUCCACCAGGCUGUGUUAGCUCUUGAAUCCGGAACUUUGGAAAGUUUACCGCCACCGGAGAACCUGCCGAAAAUGCCCAGCAAAGAUGACCGAAGUAGGAAACGUAAACGUGCCGAACCGAGACGGGUGCGAGCGUCGAAAACGUCACCGGUCAAAACGAUAUGUAUACGCACUGAUGAUUCAAUGGAAUUGGCAAGAGAUGGCAGCUUACAGGACGCUCAAGGACAAGUUUACGUAAUGGUGCCUUCAGCGAGUAAUCUGUUUCCAAACUCCGAGUCCUUGAUCGGCACUUCCCUUGACGGCGGCGACAAAGCAACGUCAUUAGUGCAAGUUCUCACCGUUCCCUCUAGUUCCAGCUCCUCUUUCCUGGAACAACAAGGUGACAGCAGAUUAGAUAUUGCUGGGCCGUUCCUUGCUCUACCUGUGGUGAAUUGCGAUGGUACGGAGAACAGCUCUUUGGUCGUCCAAGAUUCGCUUGGAAAAGAACCCGUCCCAGCCAUAACAUCAUCGUUGGUGGACGCAAAGAAUAAUGACGCACCCUCAGCGCACACGCUAGAAGAACACCUGCAAACAACAAAUAUCCACAUUCAAUCGGUAAGUAUCGCCGGGGCGACCACCGUAUCACCAUCUACUGUAUCCAUAGCAACACCUAGGUCACCCUCUAAUGUAACCAUAACAUCACAAAGAUCGUCGUUAACCAAUGAAAUGGCAUCUCCAAGCCUUUCCAUCACCUCUUCUAUUGCUCCAGUCAACGGGAACGAUUUGGUGGGAUCGUCACUGCGUGAGGCCACGGUUAUUCCAAAUGUCAACGUUGAUUUAGUUAUGACGUCAUCUGAUUCGUCACAGAUUGUUUCAAUGACCUCGCCGGACAUAAUUGUGACAUCGUCAAACUUAAAGUCUAGUAUUCCAGGUUUGGAAAUGACUUCGCCAUUCACACCAGUGACGUCAAAUAUAUUUAUGUCGUCCUCAAGUUUAACCGAACCGAUAACGUCAUUAUCGGCAACAACCGUCACCUCGUCAAGAUCGGACGUUUCAUCGCACGUUUUUCCAAUCUCAUAUGACUCUAUUACAUCCCCGACGAUGCUAAUGGCUUCACCAGACAAAAUCGUACCUCGCAAAAUUUUAGAACAAACAGUGAUAUUAGGUGGGGUUCAAAGGGGCGGGAACACUUCCUAAUCCAACGACCAACUAGCACUCCCUGUGCUAUCAGACAAAUCCGCCCCGGUCACUGACAUUGCAGACCCUGGGUAGACGGCUGCGUAUUUACCAUGCCAGGCUAGGCAUUGCAGAUUACAAUUUUAACUAUGGGUAAGGUAUGGAUUAUGGUCAGUAUCAAGAUAUCGUUCAUGAUAAAAUAAAAAAAUUGCGUGUCCAUGUAUAUCUCAAUCUCAAUUUAAGUCGUUAAACUUCUGAUCACACCAACUGUUAACUAUAAAUUAUGUCUAAAAGUCCUAGGUUAGCUAAAAUACAGUAUACAGUAUGUCGUUGUGUUUCUCACGCGAUAAUGUUAAAGCAUCUUCCCGCUAUUACUAACUUCACAAAUAUCGUUCUUGCGCAUGGAACGCUAUAAAAUACUCGUAUAGUUGGAACA